CAGAUGGUUUGCGCAUUAAAAUAUAAUUUAUAUAUAAAUUUAAUUUGAGAAGAGUUAUGAACAAAUGUGACGUUGUUAAACGUUUCAAACGAAUGGAAUAUGAGGAAUGUCAAAUUGUAAAACUCGAAGCAAAUAUUGUUGGGAAAUGUAAGAAGUACUUCCAAAAUUUUGCUGCAAUAAAAAGAAUUUUGAAUGAAAAACUUUACGCAUUAUCUAUUUAUAAAGAACAUGUGAAAAAUUUGGAACUUUAUAACCGGGAAUUAGAAAAAUUGGUAGAAGAAAAGCAAGCGAACGUGACCAAAAAGCAAGAGCAAAUACAAGAAUUGGAAUCUGAAUUAGAAGAACAAGAGAAAAAGGACCUCGAAAACAUGAUGAAAAUGGAUCAUGUACGGCAGUCAAAGGAACUAACAGAAACUUAUAUUAAUCUUCAAGCUUUGCCUGAUCACGUACAGGGUGUGACUCUUAAAGAUACAGUUGAAGGUAAAGAAUGGGAACAUUUCUGCAUAAGUACAGCGGACCAUACAGAAAAAGAGAUCGAAGGCGUUUUAACAAAGUUGAUACAAGAUCAAUCUGCAUACAAAGAGCAAUGGCGGAAACUAAUCCUAGGGGAACUGCCAGAACAUAAUGAAACAACUUAACUACGUGCGUUCAAUAUGUUAAAGGGUUUUACCUUUAAGUAAAUAGCAACUAGUUUUUAAAAUUGUUGUUUCAUUAGAGCAAUGCAUAA